UACGCUGCAGCCCCGCGUUUGAAAUCUGUCACCCUCACUUAGGAGCUCUGCAUCUCUGGUUGUCACCGGUGAAUAAUGACCACACGGCGAUAAGAUCGCUCCGUGGCGUUGCGCCGGAGCCGCCGGGGGAAAGAGAAGAAAGGAAAUUACAAGCCGUUUAACCGCUUUAACAGGGUGUUCUUCAGUGGCAUCGGUGGGUGUCAGGGUCAAAUGACCGGCUGGACAGCAGCUUGGAAAGAAAAUUUCCUUCCUCCUUUCCUUGAGAGAAACCUUGGGUGAUGGUGACCAUUGGCAGCUAUGGAAAACAGAGACCUUGGUGGUCAUCCUUAAAAUAAUACCAUGCCGGAGCCCAUCUGUUCUGCCACUUUCUCCCCUUUCAACCUGCCGGACCCGGUGGGCUUUGGGUGACCUACCGAGAAGGACCCACCUCCGCAGGAGCAGGCAGGCCAGAUCCAGCAGAUAGCUGAUAUGAGGACUUUGCUGACUUCAGAAAGCUGAGUGUAACAUGAACAGACUUCAGUGAAAGGAAAUAUUAUCCCUCCAAGCAACUCAUACACAGAUGACUUUUGGUAGCUUUAAAUUAACCUGUUGCUCACCUGCAAAGACACGGCUAUUGUUUCUUUCAGCACACAUGGAGGAAGGCAACAAACUUUGUAACCCUGGCUAGUAAGACUGUGGCUUACUUAUCAAAAGUAGGAGGUAGGCCAAUUAUAAAAGGAUUAUUUUAUACUUAGCCUCCAGGACUUUAACUCUGGCCUGAACACCGGACAUAAAUAGAAGCCAAUUUUAAUGACCUGAGAUUUUGCUACCUGUGCUUUAUUAUUGUUAUUAGUUCUUUAACACUUUGGUACUUUAUUUCUUUAAACUAAAAAUGGGUUCGUGGACUAGAAUGUGGCCCACAGAUUGGGCUGUUCUCAUGAAAUCAUGGCUUAUCUUUUCCCUGGGGCUCUACAUGCAGGUCUCCAAAAGUUUGGCCUGCCCAAAAGUGUGCCGCUGUGACCGAAACUUUGUCUACUGUAAUGAGCGAAGCUUGACCUCAGUGCCUCUUGGGAUACCGGAGGGUGUAACCGUCCUCUACCUCCAUAAUAACCAAAUUAAUAAUGCUGGAUUUCCUGCAGAGUUGCACAAUGUCCAGUCUGUGCACACAGUCUACCUGUAUGGCAACCAAUUAGAUGAAUUCCCCAUGAACCUGCCCAAGAAUGUCAGGGUUCUCCACCUGCAGGAAAACAACAUUCAGACCAUUUCUCGGGCUGCCCUUGCUCAGCUUUUGAAGCUGGAAGAGCUGCACCUGGAUGACAAUUCCAUCUCCACUGUUGGCGUUGAGGAUGGGGCAUUCCGGGAAGCCAUCAGCCUCAAGCUUCUGUUCUUGUCCAAGAAUCACUUAAGCAGUGUACCAGUAGGCCUUCCGGUGGACUUACAAGAACUUCGAGUAGACGAAAACAGAAUUGCUGUCAUUUCAGACCUGGCCUUCCAGAAUCUUACAAGUCUGGAGCGUCUGAUUGUGGAUGGCAAUCUCCUUACUAAUAAAGGCAUAGCUGAAGGCACCUUCAGCCACCUCUCCAAGCUCAAGGAAUUCUCAAUAGUGCGGAAUUCACUGACCUACCCUCCUCCCGAUCUUCCAGGUACACACCUGCUAAGGCUCUACUUGCAGGACAACCAGAUAACCCAUAUACCACUUACAGCCUUUUCAAACCUCUACAAGCUGGAACGUCUUGAUAUUUCUAACAAUCAACUUCGGAUGUUGGUAAAGGGCGUAUUUGAUAAUCUUCACAACCUGAGGCAACUCACUGUAAGGAAUAAUCCCUGGUUGUGUGACUGCAGUAUUAAGUGGGUCACUGAAUGGCUCAAAUUUAUUCCCGCUUCCAUCAAUGUACGGGGUUUUAUGUGCCAGGGACCAGAGCAGGUCCGAGGUAUGGCAGUCAGGGAGCUCAAUAUGAAUAUGUUGUCAUGCCCCACCACCACCCCUGGUCUGCCACUUAUCAUCACCCCAGUCCCAGCUACAGCCAUGCCAACUACAUUAGUUUCCACCUCAUCAGUUCCUCCCCCAAGUAGCAAAUACAAUCCUCUCACUCCCACCAUAGCCACACUCCCCACUGUGCCUGACAGGGAGGACAGAGAAAGGGUGACACCUCCUAUAUCUGAACGGAUUCAACUGUCCAUCCAUUUUGUGAAUGACACUUCCAUCCAAGUUAACUGGAUGUCUCUUUUUACCGUGAUGGCAUAUAAACUCACGUGGGUUAAAAUGGGCCAUAGUCUGGUAGGAGGAAUUGUCCAGGAACGAAUAGUUAGUGGUGAGAAGCAACACUUAAGCUUGGUAAAUCUGGAGCCCAAAUCCACCUAUCGGAUUUGUUUGGUUCCACUGGAUACUUAUAACAAUUACCGAACUGGAGAAGACACUGUCUGUUCAGAAGCCACAACCAAGGCUUCCUUUUUGAGCAAUGGCAGCAACAUCCCCUCCAGCCAUGAGCAGACAACUUCUCAAAACCUGGGCUCCCCAUUUCUGCUGGCAGGGUUGAUUGGGGGUGCAGUGAUAUUUGUCCUUGUGGUCCUGCUCAGCAUUUUUUGCUGGCACAUGCACAAGAAAGGGCGUUACACCUCCCAGAAGUGGAAAUAUAACCGAGGCCGUCGGAAAGAUGACUACUGCGAGGCAGGGACCAAGAAGGACAACUCCAUCCUGGAGAUGACGGAAACCAGCUUCCAGAUUGUCUCCUUAAAUAAUGAUCAACUCCUUAAAGGAGAUUUCAGACUGCAGCCCAUUUAUACCCCAAACGGGGGCAUUAACUACACAGACUGCCACAUCCCCAACAACAUGCGAUACUGCAACAGCAAUGUCUCAGACCUGGAGCACUGUCAUACGUGAUAGUGAGGGGAGAUGGGGUGUCUAGGACAAAGAAAAAAAACCUCUGGAAAAAGUAACCCCCCAACAAAAAUGAAAAAAUUACAUUUGAUAAAUGUUACCCAGAUGCAUUUAUGCAUUUGAAUACUCUGUAAUUUAUACGGUGUACUAUAUAAUGGGAUUUAAAAAAAGUGCUAUCUUUUCUAUUUCAAGUUAAUUGCAAAUGGUUUUGUAACUCUUUGCUUUUUAAAUCUUUAAAAAAUAUUACUAAGUACUGUACAGGGUUGUACAAUAAGAACCUAAUGUCAUGGCAAAGGAAAGAAUGACUCAUUCUUCAAACAUUAACCACUUUGCUGUCGAAGCUGUCUGAGGGAUGUUAAGUUUCUAGGUGUCCUGUAGUACAGGAAAAUAAGUGCAUAUUAAAACAGGGUCACUAGGAAUGGACAAAAGCAAUUCAGAUAUAAUGGGUACAAACCUUCUGACAUGAACCCAGCAGUUGCAGUUGAGCUUCAAACAGUUGGAAAUACUUCCGUUUCCCUUUGUCAGUUCUGCAUUUCCUACCUCCAACUGAAAGCUGGAGUUCUGAGUGCUGCCAAAAAGGCUAGUUUCUUGUUUGAUUAGUUUUCUCCCAAUAUACUUGGAAUAGGAAAGGUAGAGAGAGCUCAGUGUCAAACUCAAAGUGACCUUGAUUCCUAUUUACAAAAGCUACUCUGAAAAUGUCCCCCAAUACUAUAUACUUUUAUGAUAGAAACUGUUCCUGCUUUUCAUUAUGAUUAAGAAGCUUUAGGCAUUCUCUGACCCUUCUCAGUGGGAGACGAAGGUUAUCAGUAUGUAACAGAUAGCUGUCAUUAAGUUGCACCUCUCUUUAAUAGAGCAGCAUUUGUUGACACAGCAUGUUCAGGUAAAGCCUGAAUGAGGGAAAUUCUGAGUGCUCCCAGUUCUGCAGUAUUCAUGUAGAAUUUGGAAUCUAAAACUGUAAAUUGCUGAAAACAUGAUGCAGAAUAUAAUGCCAAUGGAAGGAUUGCUAUUGACUUUUAUGGUUCAAGCCCUGUUUGAUUUAAGGGUCUGAUUUAUGUCACUAUGGAGAAAUAGGAAAAAAAAAAGACAAACAAACAAACAGAAAAAAGAAAUAGGAUAUUUUAAAAAAUUAUUUAUUACUGGAAAGGCCUCCAGGCCUAUCAUGAACUGAAAUAUGUUCAGCAGGGAAAAUCGUGUAUAAAUCCUGGUUGUUUUUUGUUUUUUUUU